UUUGAUAUGGCUAUCACUUGCUUCGAAAGGGCGCUCAUGUUCUCGGACUCGGACGACGUAACCGCCGAUAUCUGGUAUAAUAUCGGCCAUUUGGCCAUCGGCUCCGGUGACAAACAGCUGGCCUCCCAGUGCUUUCGUUUGGCUUUGGUGUCUAAUAACGAUCACUCGGAAGCGUAUAAUAAUUUAGGUGUUAUUGAAAUGAAUAAAACAAAUCCCACGACAACUAAUAUCCAACAAUCAAAGGCUUAUUUCCAAACGUCGGCCACUAUUGGCAAACAUUUAUAUGAACCGCACUAUAAUCAGGCACUUCUGGCCGAGAAGAUGGGUCACUACGACCUGAGCUUCAUAUACGUGAAGAAGUCACUGGAGCUCUACCCCGAACAUUACGCCUCACAGGAAUUGCUCAAUAAAGUGAAAAAACUUUAUGAAAAUGUUUGAACAAUGAUUAAGAUAACAAC